AUGCCCGUUACAGCGCUGUCGAUGGGCAGCGCUCGACGCAGGCGACAGCGGCAACAGACGGAGGAGCCGGAGCUGAGCUUCGGCGACCUCAUUCCUGGCCUUCCAGAGGACGACAAUAACAGGUGGACCUUCAAGAGAUACAUCAUUCUCUGCGCUUCUGUGGCUGCGGUUCUCAGCCUACUGACAGUUUCCGUGAGCGUCACCACAGUGGCCGUGAAAAAGACUGCGCAGCGCAUCACCCAGUCGGUGAACAAGAGCGAUGAAGUGGGCCCCUGCGAGGACUUCUACACGUACACCUGCCAGGGCUGGCUGAGCGACAACCCCGUCGUGGCAGGAGCCGCCCGCACCUCGUACAGCCUCGAGAUCAGGGAGCGGGUGGAAGCCGGCAUGAUGUCCUUCAUCGAAGCGGAGACUACAGGGCCUGUGGGCGUGGAGACACCGCACAACAUGUCCAUCAUCAAGAAGCUGGUCAACUUAUACGAGGCUGCGAACAGAAAGGUGACAGCCAAGAGUAUGGUGGACGUCGGCGUGCGGCCUCUGAAACGGGUGCUCGCCGACCUGAGCCUUCGGACGUGGCCCAGCGUGCGGGCCACCGAACCCGCCGUUGAGUUGGUGGCGGGACUCGUCGCAAGGGCGUUGGGCGAGUCCACCGUCUUCUCGGUCUCGUACGGGUCCGACCUGGCCAACCAUUCUCGCAACAUCAUCACGGUGGACCAACCCGUGCUGUCUAUCCGCAGAGGUCACCUGCUGGGCAACCCGCGCAACUUGGAGUCGUACCGAAUUAUCGUCAAGCAAGCCAUGGCGCUCACCAAGCCGCAGGAGCAGCUCGACGGACUCGCUGGUGAUGUUAUGAACCUGGUGCACCGCAUCGCCAGGUCAACAAAGACUACGAAAGAACGGAUGAAAAUCGGCUCUCACUUCCUUCGUGAACGGCUGGACAGCCUUCAAGCGAAAACGAGGUGGCACUGGGCAAAGUUUCUCAACACCGUCUUCGAUGGGGUGACCAAAGUUCACGACAUGGAUUACAUCAGAGUCAAGACCCCUUUCUACGUGGGUCACAUGUCACGCAUUCUGAACACUGUCUCGAGGUAAACGAUCUUUCCAUACACAGUACCUUUAGGCACACAUUUCUCCAACGCCAUUAUAUUAUAAUUUUUCGCACCUUUACGACCCACGUGGUCCGUACAUUCGCCAUGAUACUUAAUCGUAACACGCCUUUUGGCAUAGUCAGUGCACUUUGUCGGAACAAAGGACAAAAAUUCAAGAAUGCAACCAGGACACAGCGUUACCUUCGCGGUUCUUUUGUCCCAUGUUUUGAGUAGUAAGCUGACUACCACUAUGACUGAA